AUGUCGAACACAAUUUCGUCUUAUGUGCCAGAUCAGGAACCGUUUAAAAAUUAUCUUGAUCGUUUAAGGGCUUUGUCAGUGUUAAAAGUGAAAGACGAUCAACGUCAAAAGCACCUCAUUGCGUUUAUAGGUUCAGAAGCCUACAGUCAAUUGAAGAACGCAUGUUUACCGAGUCAUCCCUCAGAAAAGACUUUUGAAGAACUGGUCACAUAUUUGGACGCGAUAUAUUCGCCACGGCGUUUAGUGGUGAGUGACCGUUUUAAAUUUAAUCAGUGCUGUCAAAGUUUGGGGGAAUCGGUACAAGAAUUUAUUACUACGUUAAAAAAGUUGGCAAGUCACUGUGAAUUUGACACAUUUUUGGACGAUGCGCUUCGCGACCGACUAAUUGUAGGUCUACCGGAUGAAGCUUGUCAAAGAAAAUUACUGGGAGAGUCAUCACUAACUUUUCAGAAAGCAUGUGAAAAAGCUUUGGACUCAGAAUUAAAUUGUGGAAAAAUUGAAAAACUAGCACCGGGCCCCUUAAGAAUUUGUUUGCAUCCAAAUGUAUCCAUAAAUUAG